AUGAAUCAAAUUUCCCAAAACAUCCUUGUUCAAAAACUUAUUGAUUACAAAUUAAGGUAUGCAUACUUCUCUAUAGACAAAAUCUAGAAAGACCAAAAAUAAGAGAAAGGCUAGUCCUUAGUAUUCUCCACCAAAGAUGCCCAUAUCAUAAAGAUAGACAUCCUUUUCGAAUGGUCAUGCAUAUUCGAUUCAUUAAAAAUUGAAAUCAAUUCAAAGUUAACAGAAAGUAUUCAUUCCUCAGGCUAUGCCACAGUCUCAGAUUUGCUCGAUCUCUUAAGCCAAAUGUUUCGCAUUAUUCAAUAGUAUGAAUAGCAGGCAUGCCAUCUUUGGUCCAAAAAUCUCGAGAUGUUGAAGCAAAUCAAGAUCCCAAUCCUCCAGGAAAAUGAAGACUUGAAGCUAGCUGUAGAAACCCUAAAAUAAAAUGAUAUUUAAAAUAGCGUAUAUGGACAAUUAAAAGAGUAUGAAUAAAUAGAGAAGCCUAAACCUAAACUAAUCGAUUUGUAACAUAUCAAUAGAGAUUCGAAUUUCUAAGAAGAGUUUAUGUCAAAAGUAAAUGAAUUUAGUUUAUCAUGGCGACAAGAAGUGCAAUAGCUAAAAUAAUUAUGA